CAAAGCUUCAAAAAUAAAAUGUGAUCUUAAAAGAAAAAAUUAUAGUGGGGCCUGUUUACGGAAAGCAUUCAAGAAUAUGUUGAGGGAAGAUGAGUAAGUAGUUCAGUUUCCGUAUUUAUCUUUUAAACUGUAUUUGUCUUUUAAACUUCGGGAAUAGAAAAGUCUGCGAUUUUUUUAUAACCUCAUUACUGCACCAACUGCGUACGUCUGCAGAUGUUUCUUCAAUGUCCUGAGGUAAAAUAAGCAAUUGGCGUAGCUACACGCGUGACCAAGGUAAUUAAUAAUUGAGAUUCUACCCAGCAAUAAGAAUGUCACAGUAAUAAUCUACGAUUAUUUCGUUGAUUCAUUUCACUACAUGCUAGGCUCAACUUGCGCAUACAUAAAUCAAGUCUUUCUAGUCUGCUCAUUGGUCAAUAAAGAGGUCACAUCCUUUGGCAGGUUUUACGUUACUGAAUAACAACCUCUUCUGCUUGUUUAUAACUGGCUCAGUGGUAUCAAGGACAAGUUGAGAGCACUGUGGUACAACCAUCAACGUGAACCAUAUGUGGGCUACAUGAGCUUCAAGUCUACUUUGCUACUGAAUGAAAACAAGAAAUAAUUGUCGCUCUAAUUCUAAAUAUAUCACAUAACGCUCUCAGAUCCAUCUUAUGAAUUAUAUUGAGGUUCCAAAUUUUGUUUGUUGGGCUGGGAUAUAUCUACCUAAAUAUAUCUUUUAACUAACAUUCAUUCUCUUUCAUUCGUUGUCUUUUUUCUACGUUAAUGUACUAGGUACUCUCUAAUUAUAAAGAUAAUGUUUUUUUACGGCAUUCUGUAACGCUUCACUUGGGCGGGCCAAAAACCAAAACCCAAAUUAUUUACCGUGCUGUCGAAAUACGCAAAUACGACGCAUGAUUUUUUAAAGUAUGUUCCGUUUUUAAAUAAAUAAGAAACGAGAAUACUUUUCUUAGCAAUUGAACUUAACAUAAGAGCCUGUACUUUUUCUACAUAAUUUCCCCCAAUAUUAAGACACCUGUCGUGUCGUACAACCAGGUUUAGAAUCACAUCCUCAUACAAGUCUGCCGUCUGAUUUAACAACCAUGCAACACUUGGAUAACGACGAAAUCAUAGAACGUCUGUUCUCUUUCUCGUGGUAGUCAACUUUCUGCACCUAAGCUUCAGUAAUUACUAGGGACCGGAAAAAUUCGCGGGUUCAAUGACCUCUAGGAUGAACUCCAUAGUUAUACGUACACUCGGUCAAAUGUCACCCACUCAUUGGCUGCUGUCUUGUGAGACGUCCCCUCAUAGCAGCCUGUAAUUCGAUAGAGCUUUGGUCACGUGUUUCUCAUUGGCUCAGAGUCAUCCAGGUGAGUUGUGAGCCAAUAUCAGAGGCGGCACUGAGGUAUAACUAUUUGUAUUUUAGCCUAUCGCGAAAUGAAUUCACGAGUUUUUCCGGUCUAUAGUAAUUACAGAAGAUCACAUACUACGUUCCACAUCAAGAACAUUCGUGCGUCCGUGUAUAAAAGCUCUUUCCCAUUUCCGCACCACUCCUUCGAAUUCUCAAAUGGCGAAGGAAUAUUUUAAAUACUCACAAAAAAACGAAAACAAGGUCGAAUGUUUCCGCAAUGACGUCUGUGGCUCGCCAACCUACAUGGGUACACAUUGCGAGCGCAGCGCUGCAGCGGCAGAAUUUAAAAAAUAUAUUUUUUCCUUUCUUUUUUCUUUUAACAACAUCCCUCUUUUUUUUUUUACGCGUCGUACAGGACUUCGGAGAGAAGUGUAUUUGUUGCUUCGCGUCGUACAGGGUUUCGGAGAGAAGUGUAUUUGUUGCUUCGCGCCGUACAGGGUGUCGGAGAGAAGUGUAUUUGUUGCUUCGCGUCGUACAGGGUGUCAGAGAGAACUGUAUUUUUUUCUUCGCGUCGUACAUGGUUUCGGAGAGAAGUGUAUUUGUUGCUUCGCGUCGUACAUGGUUUCGGAGAGAAGUGUAUUUGUUGCUUCGCGCGUCGUACAGGGUGUCGGAGAGAAGUGUAUUUAUUGCUUCGCGUCGGACAGGGUUUCGGAGAGAAGUGUAUUUGUUGCUUCACGUCGGACAGGGUGUCGGAGAGAAGUGUAUUUUUUUCAUCAUGUCGUACAAGGUGUCGGGAGAGAAGUGUAUUUGUUGCUUCGAGUUGUACAGGGUUUCGGAGAGAAGUGUAUUUGUUGCUUCGCGCCGUACAGGGUGUCGGAGAGAAGUGUAUUUUUUUCUUCGCGUCGUACAGGACUUCGGAGAGAAGUGUAUUUGUUGCUUCGCGUCGUACAGGGUGUCGGAGAGAAGUGUAUUUGUUGCUUCGCGCGUCGUACAGGCUGUCGGAGAGAAGUGUAUUAUUCGUCGCGUUGGCGAGCCUGCCAGGCCGGACAGCCAACGGGAGAUACGGAUCAGCGGGCGCGCCGCCAGACCGAUGAAACGGCGCGUAUGAUUUUCCGAAAAAAAAAAAAAAAUAGUGUGUGUGUGUGUGUGUGUGCUCUGGUACCCUUCCCCAUGCAUCAAUUCACUCUUUUUUUUUUUCUCCCUGCCAUAACACUCCCUCCCUAUUUCAGCACCAUGCAUCUCACCCAUCGACCCCCGCAUACGAUGCCAUAUCCCUUUGUAGCAGCGGGCACCGAGGUUUACGAUGACUGCCCUCCCCCUUGCUGGAGGCCUCGGCUUUAUGACGGCCGCUGGGAUUUUAGUGCCGCCGCGCGGGGAGCGAAGAGCGACGUGGAAAAUAACAGAUGCUAGUCUGUGGCGGCGCAGCACCAGCGGCCGUAUGGACAAAAUACAUAAAAAAUAAUAAUAAUAAUAAACUGACCAGGGGCAGUUCAUUUCGUACUUAGGACCGAUAUUACGAGUCGUUUACACUGUCGGAAAUAACAGUAAUUUUAACUUCUUUUUUUUCAACGAAGAAUUCGCGUGAAAAAAAAUGGAUAACUCGGUCUUCGUAGACGCAGCGCCGUAUUUACACUUCCGAGUUCUGUUGUCAUAUAUAAACAGGGCAAACCCACACGUAGUCUUAAUCAGUUUCUGAAUGUUUUUCUUGUGUACCAAGAAUAUUCUUGUGAAUACAUUUUCAAAGUAAUUAAGUGAACUUGAUACCAGUAAAUAUAAAAAGGUUAUCAAUAUGUAUAUUUUUGAAGAUCCCUGGAUAAUUUCAUGGCCAAUCUUCCUUGAAAUGUUUAGUAGUAGUUUUCUAAAUUAUUUGUCUUGUGUGUUUUCAUGAUUUUUCUACGAUUUUUAAUAUCAAUAUAACUUUUUACAUAAUAUUUCUAAAAAAACUAUAAAAAUCAGUUUCUAUUGCAAAUACAAGAAUGAAGUGAGGGCAUGUAAUAAUGCGAUAUAUAGUAUAGGCCUACGUUAUGUAACGUACCCUUGUCACAAAAAUUUUACAUUUGGAAUCCCAUUGAUAAAGAAAAAACUAUAUGCUUUUCUUUUUUUCAAAAUCAUUUAAACUUUUUUAAUUUUGUAAGAAACAGAUUUUUUAAGAUUUAUGAAUGAAAUCAAGAAAUAAUCGACUAUGACCAUGUACAAACGGAUAGGCCUAAUUAAAAAUAAAUGCACUAAGUAAAUACAAGCUCCCAGUUUACGCGAACGCAAAAAAAAACUUGAAAGGUUUUUAUAACUAAUAAAACGAUAUAAAUUUGUUUGUGAGAUAUUUGAAAUAUGUUUACUUACAUUGAUAUUUACAAUUGAAUGUUGAAUUUGAAUUAAACAAUUCGCUCUCAAAGAUGUCAAUUAAUAAAAUUAAAAAAAAAAACUAGGAAUCACUGAUGACUGUCAUAUGUUUGGUACGUGUGUAACAGCAAUACAAAUUUCACACAUAUAUAUAUAUAUAUAUUAUCGCGUGGGUGAAACAACUUUGCGUUCACAAUCGCUAGAUAUUUUGCUGUUGCAUCCAUUGCCAUAUUCGCAUCGCUCCGAAGCGCUAUUGUGAUUCAGGGCAUGUAGCGGCACAGACAUGAACGCGACGACUGUCUUGCGAGUGCCCCCGCUCUUUCUGCAUAUAUAUAUAUAUAUAUAUAUAUAUAU